ACCCCCCUUCAAAAGUUAAAUGGUCGGCCCCUAAAUUCGAUUGAUCAUGAAGUUUUAAAGCUUAUAAUUAAGAACCAGUAAAUGCAAAGCGUAUUUUGAUCAGCAGUCAUGUAGCUCGUCUCGAUGGGUUUUUUCUAUUCCAGUUCUUUAGUUUAUAGGCCCUAAAGCUCCUUAGGAAGUUGCAAAAGCUUAGGGUUUAUAAUAGGUAGUUUACGGUAGUUCAUGCUUUUCACGAAAUUGACCAGGUGGUUGUCAAAUUAGACUGCAAUUACGCGUCAGAAUUUAAAUGAAAACGAUAUCCUGUCCAGCAAAGUUUACCCUUUCCCCCUUUACUGACCCAAUAGAAGACCAAGUAAGGCCUGGUCUUGGAUUGGCUAAUUAUCUAGUUUAACAAAGUGAGACGAGCAAGAAUGUUACUUAAAUGUGUGAUAUCCCUGGUUUCGGUUUAGCCUCGCGUGAGGUAUCGCACAGACAUCAUGCAGAUCAUGACACAACCGAAGUCCGACCAACCCCUUCUCUCUCCUCUCCCAUGUCCUCCGCUCCUUCAAGCUCUUAAUUAAGAAUCGUCCCUUAAACUUGGCUAAAGCACUUUAUAAUUUACCUGCAUGGCAAUAGAUAUCCUACUAUAUUCAAUUUUUUCUCAUUCAAGCUUUACAUGGCCACUGCUCCAGAAUACACCAACGAACAGCUGAACUAUUUCCGUGUCUGCCAUCUCGUCACUAAUAUCAUUGCCGAGGGUCUGCGAGCAAUCUUUAAACAGGAAUGGGAUGGUCGUUACAAGACAACGUUAGGUGAGUGGAAAGACGAGCCACAAAAUGGUCUGGACUUCAAGAACAGUGAAUCUCCGCGCAAACAAAGGGCACGCACGGGUCUACUGGCCACCAUGGUCAACGGAAACAGAGCUGAAUGGGAUUGCACCAUGCUGUUUCACGCCAUCCUUUUCUCCGAUUGUAUCGGGAGUGGUCUGAAUUUAAGAAGAAAAUCAAUAGUGGAGGAUCUUAGAAAGUUCCGUAACAAAUAUUUAUCAAGCAUGCCACAUGGCAAUCUCUCAGAUACAGAGUUUCAAAUUGCAAUCAAGAAUGUUGACGUGUCCUUCCGAGCUCUUGGCCUCUCCACAGACCAAAUUCAAGCGAUUCAAAAUCAGACAAGCUUCCCCACCGAGGAAUUGAAGAAGAAAAGGGUUGAGGACCUAAAACAGGAAGUAGAGGUGUUCGAAGCUCAACUAAACAAAGAUAUUUCUGCCUUCUGCGUCCUCCCGCCUAAACCUACACACGAAGUUGCAGAUCGUGAUCUUGAGGUGGCUGAAAUUAUAAAGCAGUUGAAAGACCUCAAAGAGGCCAACAAGAACAGAUUGAGUUACUUUUACAUCUCUGGCAAUCCAGGAAGUGGCAAAUCUCAGUUAGCUGGUCUCGUAUCGAAAAGAGUCUUCGAUCAAGUUGAUGAAAUCCCACAUUCUUUAUCCUUUGUGAUGACAGUAAAUGCUGAAAGCCCAAAGACUUUUUUAGAAUCGUAUGUCUCCUUUGCCCGGAAGCUUAAGUGCCCAGAAUAUGUCAUUUCCAACACGUUUAACUCUCCCGAUUUGAGCUCAGACGAGAAGAUUUCUCACUUGAAGACUUUAAUGGGCACAAAAAUCGAGCUCUACACUUCUUGGCUUCUAGUUGUUGAUAACGUCAGAAGCAUCUCUAACAUUUAUGCUCAUUUGCCAGAGUCUGGAGAUGAACAGUGGGCGAGGGGUCAGUUGCUGAUCACGACACAAGACAUCGCGUCUGUUCCGUCCACGAGUUGUUUUAUUUGUCACGUCUCCGUCAGCAAAGGUGUGGAGCUUCAAGAUGCGAGGUCCCUUCUAGAAAAGCUUUCUGGUAUCUCAGAUUGUGAGACAGACAAAGUUGCUCAAGUAUUGGACUAUCAGCCACUUGCCUUAGCAAUUGCCGCAAUCUAUGUCAAGGAGGCUAAGCAGACUAAUGAGAAUUUUGGAUGGAGGAAUUACCUACAAAGACUCGAAAAGGGCCAAGGAGUUGCAACUGCAAGAAUUUUUGUAGAAACGAACCCAACUUACCCAAAAUCUAUGACUGAGGUAUUAGAGAUAGCUGUUGAAGAAGAGAUGAAGUCCAGUAACGCUGUACUCAAACACACUCUUACUUUGCUUUCCUUCUGUGCAGCACAGCCAUUGAGUCUUGAGAUAGCAGUCAAUUACAUUCGAAACGUAGAGGUAGAUAUGCAAGAUGAAGAUGACAUUAGGAUGAAGAUUCGAAGAUGCCCUCUGUUGCUGUUCGACGAAAAUGAGAGUGGUGUGUAUAUUAGAGUACAUCAGGUUACGCACGAUGCUGUCAGCAAUGUUGUUGGGAGAAAUACUCAGCAACGUGAAGUAAUAGUCUUGAAAGCGAUCGUUCAGGCACUGUUCCAGUUUGUGGAAGAUUAUAAACUAAAUGAUCCAAAUGACUUGAAUUCAGUUGUUAAAGGAACGCAUACUGUUCCUCAUUUACGAACGUUAGUAAGAACAAUUAGACAGACCUAUUCCAAGGAAAAUGUAUCUGAAGUUGCAGAAAACGAUAUCUUCCAUACGUCUACUACGUUGUACUUCAACAAACUUGCGGAAACUUGCUAUAAGUAUUGCACGUUCGCCGAGGCAAAAGAAUAUUACGAGCUGUCGUUUCGCAUCCAGGUAAAAACCCUCGGACCUGAGCAUGUUGAUGUCGCAAGCACGUACGAAAACCUGGGAAAUGUGCAUUGCAAUCUGGGUGAACUGAAUCAGGCAAAAGAGUUUUAUGAUCGCGCACUGGGCAUUCGUCUAAAAAAACUUGCAAGCACGUACGGGAACCUGGGAACUGUGCAUUGCAAUCUGGGUGAACUCAGUCAGGCAAAAGAGUAUCAUGAUCGCGCACUGACCAUUCGUUUGAAAAUACUCGGACCUGACCAUGUUGAUGUCGCAAGCACGUACCACAACCUGGGAAUUGUGCACCGCAAACUGGGUGACGUUAAAAAGGGAAAAGAGUAUCAUGAUCGCGCACUGGUCAUUCUUUCUAAAACGCCUGGACCUGAGCUCGUUACUCGGUGGCCCACGCGUGGUUUUGGAAAACGAAGCAAUGCUUCAGCGCAUUCUGGAUUAGUGACCGCAAAACGUUUGAAAAGAAAUUAGGAACUCCUUGUAGGACUUUUUUGAUUGAGGUAGUAAGAUUAAGAUUAAUUUUAUUGCCGUCUUCGGAGCCAAAUUUAAUUUUCUGUUCUGACAUGUGGGAAAAAUGUUCUCAGUUCUACGAGUGAUCGAAAAGAAAAUUCAUAAAUUCCCACGCAGAGCUCUCUUUAGUGUAAGGUUUGUAGAACAGUUCUGUGUCUUGAUGUCGGGGUGUGGAUUUUAUGAGUUUUUUUACUUUCCAUGUGUUACG